GUGUGUGUGUGUGAAGAAAGAUAUUAAGAUUUUCAGAGGAGGGCGGGGAGGAGAGAGCCUGAGAGAGAGAAAGGAAAAAAGAAAAAAGAGGGAAUGGGAAGAGAGAGAGAAAGGAAAUGAGAGAGGAAGGAGGGAGGACUGCUUUGUAGCUGCUAAGAUUGCAGACAGAAAUAGCACACAACCACCGUGAGCUGUAUGCAACUCAGAAACCAAGAUCAAAUGUUAUUCACUGUCAUUAAUCAGUUGCUCAGAGAGAAGGAAAUGACAUCCGGUCCUGUCUUCUUCUACAUCUUAAUUAUUGGAAAAUAUUUUUCUCAGGGGAGUGGACAGGAUGGCGAGUGCUCUCUGGGCUAUUUCCCCUGCGGGAACAUCACCAAGUGCCUGCCCCAGCUGCUUCACUGCAACGGUGUGGACGACUGCGGCAACCGGGCCGAUGAGGACGACUGCGGAGACAACAAUGGAUGGUCUCUACAACUUGACAAAUAUUUUGCCAGUUACUACAAAAUGACUUCCCCAUCCCCCUUUGAGGCAGAAACAUCUGAGUGCUCUUUGCAUUUCUUUCUUUUCAUUACCCCUUUCCUGGCCCCUCACUGUCAUCAUGCCUUGCUACCUCCACUUUACUCAGUGGUUGGUUCUGUGCCCGUGCAAUGUUUUUGCCGAGGUCUAGAGCUUGACUGUGAUGAAACCAAUUUACGAGCUGUUCCAUCAGUUUCUUCAAAUGUGACUAUGAUGUCACUUCGGUGGAACUUACUAAGAAAGCUUCCUCCUGAUGGCUUCAAGAAUUACCGUGAUCUUCAGAAGCUGUGCCUGCAAAACAAUAAAAUUAGAUCAAUAUCCAUCUAUGCUUUCAGAGGACUAUACAGCCUUACUAAACUGUAUCUCAGUCAUAACAGAAUAACCUUCCUGAAGCCGGGUGUUUUUGAAGGUCUUCACCGACUAGAAUGGCUGAUAAUUGAAGAUAAUCACCUCAGUCGAAUUUCCCCACUAACAUUUUAUGGACUAAAUUCUCUUAUUCUCUUAGUCCUGAUGAAUAAUGUCCUCACCCGUUUGCCUGAUAAACCACUUUGUCAGCACAUGCCAAGACUGCAUUGGCUGGACUUUGAAGGCAACCAUAUCCAUAAUUUAAGAAAUUUGACUUUUAUUUCCUGCAGUAAUUUAACUGUUUUGGAUUUAGGAAGUAAUAAGAUUGAAAAUCUUCCACCGCAUGUAUUUAAGGAUCUGAAGGAGCUGUCACAAUUAAAUAUCUCUUAUAAUUCUGUAAACUCACAACUGUUAGACGCAGUGAGCGUUGUGGGGGGCGGGAAGGGCACAUCUCAAAUCAUGGUUGGGAUGUGGCAAAGCCAUAACAUAUAUUUUAAGAAAUUUCAGUAUUGUGGAUAUGCACCGCAUGUUCGCAGCUGUAAACCAAACACGGAUGGAAUUUCAUCUCUGGAGAAUCUCUUGGCAAGCAUCAUUCAGAGAGUAUUUGUAUGGGUUGUAUCUGCAGUUACCUGCUUUGGAAAUAUUUUUGUUAUUUGUAUGAGACCUUAUAUCAGGUCUGAGAACAAGCUGCAUGCCAUGUCAAUCAUUUCUCUCUGCUGUGCCGACUGCCUAAUGGGAAUAUAUUUAUUUGUGAUCGGAGCCUUUGACCUAAAAUUUCGUGGAGAAUACAAUAAGCACGCACAGCUGUGGAUGGAGAGUAUUCAUUGUCGGCUCUUGGGAUCCUUGGCCAUUCUGUCCACAGAAGUAUCAGUUUUACUUCUAACAUUUUUGACAUUGGAAAAAUACAUCUGCAUUGUGUAUCCUUUUAGAUGUUUGAGACCUGGAAAAUGCAGAACAAUUACAGUUCUGAUUCUCAUUUGGAUUGUUGGGUUUAUAGUGGCUUUCAUUCCACUGAGUAAUAAAGAAUUUUUCAGAAACUACUAUGGCACCAAUGGAGUAUGUUUCCCUCUUCAUUCAGAAGUUACAGAAAGUAUUGGAGCCCAGAUUUAUUCAGUGGCAAUUUUUCUUGGUAUUAACUUGGCAGCAUUUAUCAUCAUAGUUUUUUCCUAUGGAAGCAUGUUUUACAGUGUUCAUCAAAGCGCCAUAACAGCAACUGAAAUACCAAAUCAAAUUAAAAAAGAGAUGAUACUUGCCAAAAGAUUUUUCUUUAUUGUAUUUACUGAUGCAUUAUGUUGGAUACCCAUUUUUGUGCUAAAAUUUCUUUCGCUGCUUCAAGUAGAAAUACCAGGUACCAUAACUUCUUGGGUAGUGAUUUUUAUUCUUCCUAUCAACAGUGCUUUGAAUCCAAUUCUCUAUACUCUGACCACAAGACCAUUCAAAGAAAUGAUCCAUCAGCUUUGGUAUAACUACAGACAAAGAAGAUCUAUUGACAGCAAAGGAAGUCAGAAAACAUAUGCUCCAUCAUUCAUCUGGGUAGAAAUGUGGCCACUGCAGGAGAUGUCACCUGAGUUAAUGAAGCCAGCUGUUUUCACAGACGCUUGUGAAAUGUCACUAAUUUCUCAAUCAACUAGACUCAAUUCCUAUUCGUAACUGAUUCUGAAACCCUUUUCUUCACUGAGUAUAUUGUGGGGUGCUUCAGGGGGAAUUUACUGCUGUGAAAUAAAUACCACAAUAUUAACAAUUUAUAAUAAUGGCUAAGAUAAAUUAGCUUACAAGGAAAUGGGGAAAAAUGAAAGUUACUAAUGCUCAUAUAAAAGGAAGUAAUUAUAU